AUCAAAAUAACUAAAGGUGAAGAAGAAGCUAAAAGUGUGUUUGAUUAUAGGUUUGCACAGGCUAUCAUUAAAUCUACAAAUUAUAAAGAUAAGUGUGUUGUUGUUAUUGAAUAUAGAAACAG